CUGAGAGGCAUUCUGGUUUUUCUUCUCCGGCAGCCUUGAAAGCAAAAAUCAAGGGCAGAGUCAGGGCAAAGACGAGAUGCAUCGUCCCAUUUUUGGGCAUUCUUUUGCCGUGCUCGUGGCACCCAUCCUUCUCUCCGUGCUCGCGUUCAAAUUUCUCAAUAAGAAGAAAGCUGGCGUGCGUGGAAAUGCAAAAGAUGCUGAAUCUGGCGCAUCCGGUUCGUCAAUUGCGCCGCCGACGGAAGCUAGUUCCAGUGGAUCUAGUUCGUUCACCGCACCAACUAGAAAUCACUAUGAGGUAUUCUUGAGUUUUAGAGGACUAGAUAUUCGAAAAGGCUUCAUCGAUCACCUUUACAAUGGGCUCAUUGAUGCUGGAAUUCAUGCUUUCAAAGACGAUAAUGAGCUUCGCCAAGGCGAGAAGAUCGGACCAGAUCUUUUGGCAGCCAUCAAGAACAGUAAGAUCCUAAUCCCCAUUCUCUCUGUAAAUUAUGGUGAGAGCAGUUGGUGCCUAGAUGAACUGGUUCAAAUAAUGGAGUGCAAAAAUAAUAGCACGGGGCAUAUAGUGUUGCCCAUAUUCUACAAAGUGAAAGUAGCUCACGUGCGACAUCAAAUCGGGAGUUUUGGAAAGACAUUUCGGGAGCGUGAAAGCCGUUUGCGCGAGAGGGGCUUCGACCCUACGAUUUUGGAGAAGUGGAAGCAAGCACUCACUGAAGUCAGUUCCUUGAAAGGAUUGAACGCUGAUGGGUAUGAAGGAGAAUUGGUGAAAUCGGUUGUCCGAAAAGUCUUGAACGAGUUGAAGAAAGAGUUUCAGUUGGUUAUUUCUGAGAAUCUGGUCGGAAUCGAUAGACAUAUCGAGAAGGUUAUGGAAUUUGUCAAUAACAAUUCUCGUGCCACCCUAUUUGUGGGCAUCCACGGAAUGGGAGGUAUUGGUAAGACAACUCUUGCUAAAACCAUCUACAAUAAGCUCUCCAACAAAUUUGAGCAUCGUAGCUUCAUUGCUGAUAUUAGGGAAUCAUGUAAGCGCAAUGGCCUUGAAUACUUGCAAAAUCAAUUAAUCUCUGAUAUAUUGAAGCAUAGCAAUCAAGUUUCUAAUAGGGAUGAGGGGAUUAGGUUUAUCUCAUCCAAGUUUGAAGGUAAGAAAGUCAUAAUUCUUCUUGACGAUGUGGAUGAUGAUGAUCAGUUGAUGGCUUUGGCUGGAAAUCACAAUUGGUUUUCUUCGGGAAGUAUAAUCAUUAUUACCACCAGAAACAAGAGUAUUCUUGACAAUGCCGAGGUGGACUGCAACUAUGAACUUGAGGAAAUGGAUAAGGAUAUAUCUUCGAUUUUGUUUAGUAGACAUGCAUUUAGAAAGGAUAUUCCUCCAAGUGAAUUUGAGGUCCUCACUCGUGAUGUUGUAUCCGCCACCGGAGGGCUUCCCUUAUCUUUGGAGGUUUUGGGUUCAUUUCUACGCGAUAAAAAGCCAAACAUAUGGAGAGAUACGAUAAAAAAAUUAAGAAAGGUCCCUCAUAAGAAAGUGCAAGAAAAGCUAAAAAUAAGCUAUGAUGCACUAGAGGAAGGAAGAAAUGAUAAGGAACGAGUCUCAAUAAGCAACCCCCUAUACCCCACUUCGUCAACCACGCCAAUUGAAAACCAUUACGAGGUGUUCUUGAGCUUCAGAGGUAGAGAUACUCGAAAAGGCUUCACAGAUCACCUCUACAAUGGGCUCAUCAAUGCUGGAAUUGAUGCUUUCAAAGAUGAAAAAGAGCUCCGAGAAGGCAAGAAGAUCGGCCCAGAUCUUUUUGCAGCCAUAAAGAACAGUAAGAUCCUCAUCCCCAUUAUCUCAGUGGAUUAUGGUACGAGUAGUUGGUGCCUGAAUGAACUGGUUCAAAUAAUGGAGUGCAAGAAUAAUACAAGGCAAAUAGUGUUGCCUAUAUUCUACAAAGUGGAACCAUCUCAUGUGGGACAUCAAAUCGGGAGUUUUGGAGACGCGUUUCAUAAGCGUGAGAGGCGUUUGCAGGGUAGGCGUUUCGACCCAAUGAUAUUGAAGAAAUGGAAGCAAGCACUUAAUGAAGUCAGUUCCUUGAAAGGAUGGGACGCAGAGGGGCAUGAAGGAGAAUUGGUAAAAUCAGUUGUUCGAGAAGUGUUGAGUGAGCUGAAAAAAAAGUUUGAGUUGGAUAUUCCUGAAAAUUUGGUCGGAAUUGAUAGUCGUGUGGAGAAGGUUGUGAAAUUCGUAGAUAAUAAUUCUCAUGCCACCCUAUUUGUAGGCAUCCACGGAAUGGGAGGCAUUGGUAAGACAACUAUUGCUAAAACCAUCUACAACAAGCUCUCAAAUCAAUUUGAGUAUCGUAGCUUCAUCGCUGAUAUUAGGGAAUCAUGCAAGCAUGGCGUUAAGCACUUGCAGAAUCAAUUAAUCUCUGAUAUAUUGAAGCAAGAAAAUCAAGUUAGUAAUAAGGAUGAAGGGAUUAAGUUCCUCUCAUCCAAGUUUAAAGGUAAGAAAGUGUUGAUUCUCCUUGAUGACGUGGAUGAUGAUGAUCACUUGAAGGCGUUAGCUGGAAAUCAUAAGUGGUUUUCUUCGGGAAGUGUGAUCAUUAUUACCACUAGAGACGAGAGUAUUCUUAACAAAGCUUAUGUGGACUACAAACAUGAACACGAGGAACUGGAUAUAGAUACAUCUUUGAUUCUGUUUAGUAGACAUGCGUUUAGAAAGGAUGCUCCUCCGAGUGAAUUUGAGGUCCUCACUCAUGAUGUUGUAUCUGUCACUGGAGGGCUUCCAUUAUCUCUUGAGGUUUUGGGUUCAUUUUUGAACAAUAAAAAGCCAAAUAUAUGGAGAGAUACGAUAAACAAGUUAAUGGAAGUCCCUCCUCAGAAAGUGCAAGAAAAGUUAAGUAUAAGUUAUCGUGCAUUAGACUAUAAACAAAAACAAAUAUUUUUGGAUAUUGCUUGUUUUUUCAUUGGUACUAACAGGAGAAUCGCAUCCUACAUGUGGGACGCAUGUGGCUUCUUUCCAAAUGAGGGAAUUGAAGUAUUGAGAUUGAUGUCAUUAAUAAAAGUUGGAGAUGACCAUAAGCUCAGAAUGCAUGACCAAUUGAGAGAUUUCGGUAGGGAUAUCGUCCGCAAGGAAAACGAGAAGGAGCCUCAGUACCGUAGUAGGUUAUGGGACUCUGAGGAG